AUGAACUUCACAAAAAAGAUUAUGUUUUUGUUUCUAAUCUUGUUUGGUCUAGUAAUUACACAUUCUACAUCACAAUCAACCACCAUCACAAACACCACCUCAAGUGAUCUUGCCACCAUCACAAAAGCCGCUAAUGUAAGCAAACCGGGAUGCCAAAGUCAAUGUGGAAAUGUAACAAUUCCGUAUCCUUUUGGUAUCGGUCCAGGCUGCUUUCAUAGCUUCUGGUUUGAAAUGUUCUGUGAAAAUCAGUUUAAUCCUCCAAAAGCCUUCAUUGGCAAGAGAAAAAGUCUCCAAAUCCUUGAAAUCUCAGACUAUACUUUCCGAGUUCCAAGCAAAGUUGCAAGCCAAUGUUAUGAUAAAUUUGGGAACCUAACCGAAGACAUUCCAGUCAACACAAGUCUAGCCUGGGAUUCACCAUUUUCGUUUUCGCAAAAGAACCAAUUUACUUUAAUUGGUUGUGAUGAUUUUGCCUUGUUCCAAGGCCCAAUACAAACAAACUACACUAGUGGCUGCAUAGCACUGUGUUCAAAACCUGAGGAGGUUGUCAACGGGUCUUGUUCAGGAGUCGGGUGCUGUCAAACAUCUAUCCCAAAGGCCAUGAAAUACUACGCCACAUCUGUUGGUAGUUUUCUCAAUAACCAUGUUGACAUCUGGUCUUUUGAUCCUUGUACAUACUCCUUUUUGGCGGAGCAAGAUAGAUUUACCUUUAAUGGGGUGUCGGAUUUUAUGGAUCCCAACUUUAAGAACAGAACAAGAGCUACAGUUACACUGUUGGUUGAUUGGGUGGUUGGUAAUUUGAGCUGCAGUGAGGCUAGAAAAGCAGGUGUUUUGUCGUGUCAAGCAAAUAGUCAGUGUAUUGAUUCUGAUACUGGAGUUCCAGGUUACAGAUGUGUUUGCAAUAAAGGUUAUUCGGGUCAGCCAUAUCUUGAGCCAGGUUGCCAUGAUAUCAAUGAAUGUGAUGAUCCCAACAAUCUGUGUGACGGGGUAUGCACAAAUACUCUUGGAAGUUAUUCAUGUAGCUGCGAAGAUGGAUACAAUGGAGAUGGCCUCAAAAACGGCCGUGGUUGUACCAAGGAACAUUCCCAAUUUCCAGUUAUCAAAUUCUCUUUAGGUAUGGGAUUUGGUUUCUUGUCCAUUUUAGUGGGAAUAACAUGGCUCUAUUUUGUAUUCAAAAAACGAAACCUUAUUAAACUCCGACGGAAAUUGUUUCAACAAAAUGGCGGUUUGUUACUUAAACAACGAAUUACGACCAAUGAAGGCAAUGUGGAUUCGACCAAGGUCUUUACCGCACAAGAGCUCGGAAAAGCCACCAACAAUUAUGCUGAAGACCGUAUCUUAGGUUGUGGUGGUUACGGGACAGUUUACAAAGGCAUAUUAAACGACCAACGUGUAGUUGCAAUCAAAAAAUCACGGGUAAUGGAUGAAUCCCAAAUUGAAUUAUUCAUCAACGAAGUAAUUAUUUUAACACAAGUUAAUCAUCGCAAUGUGGUGAAGCUUUUGGGAUGUUGUUUAGAAACUGAGGUUCCAUUGUUGGUAUAUGAGUAUGUAUCAAAUGGAACUCUCUUUAAUCAUAUCCAUGGUAAAGGCACCAUGACAUGGUUAUCGUGGGAAAAUCGGUUAAGGGUAGCAGCAGAAGCCGCUGGUGCACUUUCGUAUCUUCAUUCCGCCACAUCAACCCCUGUUAUUCAUAGAGAUGUGAAAUCGGCAAACAUACUAUUAGAUGAUAACUACACUACCAAGAUCGCGGAUUUUGGAGCAUCAAGGCUGGUCCCGAUUGAUCAAACACAAGUGACUACACUUGUUCAAGGGACCCUAGGCUAUUUAGAUCCCGAAUAUUUUCAUACAAGUCAGUUAACCGAAAAGAGUGAUGUUUAUAGCUUUGGAGUAGUGCUAGCAGAGCUUCUAACAGGGAAGAAAUCAUUGUGCAUGGAACGAACCGAAGAAGAAAGAAAUUUAGCAUCUCUUUUCGUUAUGUCGCUAAAAGAAAACCGUUUGUUUCAAAUUCUUGAACCCAGAGUCGUAAGGGAGGGUACCUUAGAGCAACUGCAAGAAAUUGGUGAGCUUGUAAAAAGAUGCCUUAAUCUUACGAGUGAUGAGCGUCCAACUAUGAAAGAAGUGGCGACUCAACUUGAAAGGUUACGUAAGUUUACUCAACAUCCGUGGGCCAAUACACAUGGUGAUCAUGAAGAGAACACCAACUUGUUAAACAUUGAGAACGAAGAAACAGACCUUUAUGCAGAAUCGAUAAACCCAUAUACUAGUAGCAGGGAAAUCUCUUCGGGUUUUAGUAUGGAAGGUAGUCUUGUAUAUCCUGAUAAUAUCCUUCGAUGA